UCUCAAGACCACAACUUGGUGAAGGAAGGAAGGAAGCACGAGGCAAGCGGUAUGGGGAGAGCACCCUGCUGUGACAAAGCCAACGUGAAGAAAGGCUCGUGGUCGCCCGAAGAGGACGCCAAGCUCAAAUCCUACAUCGAGCAGCACGGCACCGGCGGCAACUGGAUCGCCCUCCCCCACAAGAUCGGCCUGAAGCGUUGCGGCAAGAGCUGCCGCCUCCGGUGGCUGAACUACCUUCGGCCUAACAUCAAGCAUGGAGGGUUCUCCGAGGAAGAAGACAACAUCAUAUUCCGCCUCUAUAUAAGCAUCGGUAGCAGGUGGUCUAUCAUCGCGUCACAGUUGCCCGGAAGGACAGACAACGACGUCAAGAACUACUGGAAUACAAAGCUGAAGAAGAAGUUUUUAGGCAAGCAGCGAAAGGAGACUUCUGCCGCCGACCCAAAGCAAGAAACUAGGGGAGAUGGUCAUGGAGAUCUCGGCAUCACCGGAUGGCCCCAUCAACCUGCUCUAACGUAUCCGAUCGAUCACGUAUGCCAUGACGUCGGCCAGGGACAGGCGUCCAUGAGGAAUGAGCAUGGAGUGAGAGACUCUGACGAUGGAGAUGCAAGUAAUUCUCUUGUCAUGCCAUCAACAGUUCCCCAGCAGCAGAUCUACGACGACCCCUUUAGCUUGGCAUGGUCUUCGUUACAGCAGAACUCAGGUGCUCAAGCUUUGCUAUGUCCCACUAGCUUUUCGACCGAGCUCGACGAGAUACUUCGAUUCAACCUCACGAAGAUGGAAGGGGCGGACCGCCCGGUGGAUGAGAGCAACGCAGCUACUAAGUCGGAGGAGAACAUGAACUGGAAUGAGGUGAGCCCUUUUCUGUACCCAAACAUAUACGAUGAAAGGAGGUUAUGAGGGGAUGCGACGGUAUCCGUUGGAAGACAGAUGCAAUGUACAAGAAAGAGUAUGUAUUUCUCGAAAGAACCCUAAUAAGCUCAAUCUUAUGGUGAUUAUUUUGGUCUGUAAUAUGCUGAAUCAAACUCGGCCACUUUGGCUGACCAAAAGGCUUCGGUGAAUGGUGAGAGAGAAAUGGCAACACUUGUUGGGUGUUCUCCCCAUGUGAUGAUGGGAUUGGAAUCCAUGAGUGGUGUAAGAAUCAUACUGAGCCAUCCAUCAUAUUCACAUUUCCAGGAUGGAAGCUUUUCCAACCUGAGAUGUUAAUACCCUGCUGUAAAGUCUCAUGGGAACCAGCUUGGAGGCA